UCUCUCUGUGUGGUUUUGAGUGCCUCUGUAUAUGGAUGGUCUCCAUAAACAAUGAAAUAUGUUUGUAAUUCUGACAAUAAAACCAGGGCUUCCCCAAUACUAGGCAGUGUCUUAACACUUCUGUCUCCAAGCCAGUAAUAAAGUUAUUGGAUGAGAAGUCAGGUUCUGUCACUAUGCUGGCACAGUGAGUACAUGAUGCAUCUUAAAAUAAAGAAGACAUAUUUGAGCCUGAUAACUCACUGAGCAGCGGGGGAGGGUUCUGUGGAUGCUGGAGUUUAAACCCCGAUCUCACUCGUGUGGCAUGUGCUAUACCUCGGUGCCUUUCCACAAUCGGUUUCAUACUAUUUUAAAAGAAAUUCCAAUGGUACUAGGUAGGUCCAAAUCUCAGUGCAAUAGGAACAGGACCAAGAGGCCGGGCUAAAGUCUAGGAGCAAAGAGGAAGAAGGAGAUGAGGUUCAAACACAGAUGAUGUCAUUCCUAACUGAGUUAUAUUCUAUCUAAAGUAGAAAAGAGUAAACCUAGAAGGCUGGAGGAAGUGAACUGGAUACCAGAAUAGAUAAUAAACUCACCAUUUAGGAGCCCUUAAGGAGUACUCUAUCCAGUGAAUGUAUGAACCCUUAUUUUUCAUAGGAUGCACUGAUUUACCUUCAGGAACUUGUUCCUGCCCAAAGCUAUGGAAAGCUUUAAUACCAGUUUGGGAGGAGGCUUCAUUUUGGUGGGCUUCUCCGACUGGCCUCAACUAGAAAUCAUCUUCUUUAUUUAUAUUUUGAUUUUCUACUCCUUCACUCUCUUUGGCAAUACCGCCAUCAUCGCUCUCUCCCGAAAGGACCCUCAAUUACACACUCCCAUGUACUUCUUCCUCUCCCACCUCUCCUUCCUGGACCUCUGCUUCACCACUAGCACCGUGCCCCAGCUCCUGAUCAACCUUCGUGGACUUGACAGGACCAUCAGCUAUGGAGGAUGUGUGGCCCAGCUGCUCAUAUCUCUCGCUCUGGGCUCCACAGAGAGUUUGCUCCUGGUUGUGAUGGCCUUUGACCGCUAUGCUGCUGUAUGUCGUCCCCUGCACUACACGACCAUCAUGCACCCCCUUCUCUGCCAGGCAUUGGCUGUUGUCUCCUGGGUGGGAGGCCUCAUGAACUCUCUGAUCCAGACAAGCCUCAUGAUGACCAUGCCCCUCUGUGGCCGUCGACUGAACCACUUCUUCUGUGAGAUGCCUGUGUUCCUCAAGUUGGCCUGUGAAGACACUGAAGGGACAGAGGCCAAGAUGUUUGUGGCCAGAGUGGUGAUUGUUGCAAUUCCAGCUGUGCUCAUCCUGGGCUCCUAUGCACAGAUUGCCAGGGCAGUGCUGAAGGUCAAGUCAACAGCUGGGCGCAGAAAGGCUAUUGGGACCUGUGGGUCCCACCUCCUGGUAGUUUCUCUGUUUUAUGGCUCAGCCACCUACACAUACUUACAGCCCAAAGACAGCUAUUCUGAGAGUAAUGGAAAGUUCAUUGCCCUUUUUUAUACUAUCAUCAUCCCCAUGCUCAACCCUCUGAUUUAUACCCUGAGGAACAAGGAUGUGAAGGGUGCUCUGUGGAGGGUGCUAGGGAGAGGCACAGCCACAGGGUAGGAAAGAACAGGUGAGCAGUAAAAAGCUUUAUAUUCUGUCAGUCCAGAGGGUUUCCGUGGGAGCUGGAUGUCAAUGCAAGUACAAUUAAUAUGUACAUUCAUGUGGCUGCCAAAGCAUAUAAUAUUAGAAAAACAAAAACAGUCCUGGGCUGGCAAGAUGGCUCAGCAGAAAAAAGGACUUGCUGCCCAGGAUCGGAGUUUGAUGCUUGAAUUCCAUAUGGUGGAAAAGAUAGUCAAGACCUCUGAUCUCCCUAUACAUGUGUGUGUGUGUGUGUGUGUGUGUGUAUGUGUGUGUGUGUGUGUGUACAAUAAAUCAAUCAACAUAAUAAAAUUAAAAUAAAAGAGAACAGUCCCCAGGAGGCAUCAGAAUACCAUCUUUCUACCUUUUUCUCAACACUACUUUUGUCUCCCAACUUCAUGCUUUUGAAAAAAAUAUAUAAUCCAGGGGGUCCAUGUAGGGCCACCUGCAUAUGCAUGGUUGUGGAGCAUCAGGUCUAAGUGGGGCCUCAAUAUCACCCCAUUUUCCUGAUGUAUCAUGACCCUAUCUGGCUUCAGUCAUAACUUGGGGUCUUUUGUGAAGGCCUCUUAUGCAGUGCCUAACAUUCCUAGCUUGGAAUAAACAAGCUUAUGAAGAGCAGAGCUGUUUCAUGUAGUGUGUGAAAUUCAGACAGGGGUUCAUUUACCCUCUUGGAGAAAAAGGCAGAAUCAUUUAUUACACACACUGCAACAAAGCAAGGCGAGAACGAUCUCCUAGCAGAACCCUAAGUAUCUAUCAUGCCAACUGGCAGCAUUCCUCUCCUGUUAGAUAGAGGUGAGAUUAGGAAAAUGAUGAUACAAACAGUAAACUAAGGAAAAUUCAAAGAAAUCUAAACAUAUAUAUCCUGAUGCAAAAAUUUAUAUAGAAUAAAAUCUAUAUUUGUAAGAAAAUUAUUAAUGGAAAUUUAAAAGAAGCAAGGGAAGAGGCUACUCUUUAUCGUGUGACAAGCUAUGUGAAAGUUGAUUUGGGGGCUCCAUUUUACUGUUCUUAAUCUCUGUUUUAUUUGACUAUCAGUCUUUCAUCACUGUUGUUUACUUCCAUGUAUUUAAAUGGUGGUUUCGUGUUUACAAGUGCAGAGAUCUUUGUUGAUAGACUUUUGUAAGUAUGAUAAAUGUUGUGUUAACUGAAUCAUGUUUUAUUAUAAUAAUUUUCCACUGAUUUUGCUUAUGUUUGCAAUUCAUUUUGUCAACUAUGUCAUUAAUUGCAUUGCCAAAGUUGUUAUAUUCUGUUGUAUUCUUUGGUUGAUGCAAAAAUAGAAUUUUCACCUCAAAAAGUAUUUUGUGGAUU